CUCUCAGUCUCUCCAUUACUUCGCGUUACGGACACCCGAAGCUUCCGGAGCUUCUUCCAUGGCUUCAUCGCUCGCCUUCUUCUCCUCUUCUUCUUCGUCGUCACUCGCUCUCUGUCGUUCGAGAGCUUUCGCCGAUCACGUCACUCGUCUAUGUCCGUCUCUCCGGACAUCGCGCGGUCAUCCGCUCGACUGCAAACUCCUCCAGCUCAGCAUCGGAUUCUGGCGAGAGAGAAACAUUGUUCAUGCUUCUACUAAUGGCACAGCUGUGCACGUCACCUCAAUGUCCAAUGAACCUGCUGAUUAUGUUCCCAUGCCAGUGGUGCUGAUUGAUCAAAAUGCAGAUUCAGAUGCAACUGUAGUGCAACUCAGCUUUGGGGAUCGUCUUGGGGCUCUUAUUGACACGAUGAGAGCAUUGAAGGAUUUAGGAUUGGAUGUGUCGAAGGGAAUUGUUACCACAGAGGGACCUGUCAAGCAAACAAAAUUCCACAUCACAAGACUGGACACUGGCCGCAAAGUUGAGGAUCCCGAACUGUUGGAGAGGAUCCGCCUUACAAUUAUAAACAAUCUUUUGAAGUAUCAUCCAGAGUCCAGUGCACAACUUGCAUUAGGUGAGGCAUUUGGAAUAAAAGCUCCAGAGAAGAAGCUUGAUGUUGACAUUGCAACUCGCAUUCACGUGAAGGAAGAUGGACCGAAGAGAAGCUUGCUUUAUGUAGAGACAGCAGAUCGACCUGGAUUGCUUGUAGACAUCAUAAAAAAUCUUGCUGACAUUAAUAUUGAGGUGGAAUCAGCAGAGAUUGAUACACAAGGGUUGGUGGCUAAAGAUAAAUUUUACGUGAGCUAUGGGGGAGCAGCACUGAAUAGCUCGUUGUCUCAGGUGCUAGUUAAUUGCUUGCGAUACUACCUUCGAAGGCCAGAAACGGAUAUUGAUAGUUACUAACAACUGGACCAAGAAAUUUUGAUGUAAACCCAAUGUAACCAUUCUUCUAGUAUAAACUCUGUUGUCUUGGCUCAACAAAUACACAUUUCAUUAGUGUCGAGUUCAAUCUGGAUCUUUGGACGAGAUGUGAUAAACUUUUCUGCCAUGAACCUAUAAACGAGAAAGCAGUAGAUAGAAAUGUGGUGUCGAAUUCUAUUGCGCCAUUUGUGCUCCAUAGAGUGGCCAUCCUAUUUUCCUCAUUCAUUCUCUCUCCGAGGAGGCAAAUUGAUCCACAUCAUCUUGUGUGAUUCGAUUUCUUUCAGCUAGAAAAAGGAUGAAUAUUGCUUGCUUGGA